CGUUUCUAGUUUCAUUCUCAGCAGUUUGCAAAACUCAAAACCCUAAUGUCUGAGCAUAAACCCUGAAUCCAGAGAAAAAGUGAAGACAGAUAAAGUUUCAGUGGCGAGGGUGCUGGUGUUGUUUUGAGCAAUCACCAACCAUGAAAAACCAUUCAAUAGUAGCAAAGCAAGAACAACCCAAUCGAAAGGGAGGUAUAUUUGAACCUCACAGAGCAAUCGGAUGCAUCACCACCGGCGUCCCCUUCUCCAUUCAGAGACUCGGCACCGAAACUUUCGUCACUGUCAGCGUCGGUAAAGCUUUUCAGAUUUUCAACUGUGCAAAGCUCACUCUGCUCCUCGCUGGUCCUUUACUGCCGAAGAAGAUUACUGCUCUUGCCUCUUAUCGUGAUUACACUUUUGCUGCAUAUGGAACCAACAUUGGAGUUUUCAAGCGCGCGCAUCAGGUUGCCACUUGGAGCAGCCAUAGCGCCAAGGUUAAAUUGCUGCUGGUGUUUGGAGACCAUGUUAUUAGUGUUGAUGCUGAUGGCGACAUGUUCAUGUGGGCGUUUAAGGGGAAUGAAGAGAGCAAUGUUGUCCCGUUUAAGCAUAUUAAGCUAGAUGAGAAAUUUAGCCCUAGCUGUAUAAUGCAUCCAGAUACUUACAUUAAUAAGGUUCUUAUUGGGAGUGAGCAAGGCCCUAUGCAGCUUUGGAACAUUAGCACGGAGAAAAAAAUAUUUGAGUUCAAGGGGUGGAAUUCACCUAUCACCUGUUGUGUUGCAUCCCCUUGUCUCGAUGUUGUUGCAGUUGGCUGUGCAGAUGGAAGGAUUCAUGUUCACAAUAUCAAAUAUGAUGAAGAGUUGUGUACAUUUACACAUUCUACACGUGGUUCUGUGACUGCUUUAUCUUUCAGCACUGAUGAACAACCCCUUCUAGCUUCUGGAGGUUCUUCUGGUGUUAUAAGCAUAUGGAAUCUGGAAAAGAAAAGACUCCAUUCAGUUGUGAAAGAGGCGCAUGAUAGUGUUAUCACAUCGCUACAUUUUUUUGCUAAUGAGCCAGUGCUGAUGAGUUCAUCAGCAGACAACUCUAUUAAAAUGUGGAUUUUUGACACAAGUGAUGGUGACCCUCGCCUUUUGCGCUUUCGAAGUGGGCAUAGUGCACCUCCCCUUUGCAUAAAGUUUUAUGCCAAUGGAAGACAUAUUCUUUCUGCUGGUCAGGAUCGUGCUUUUCGCCUUUUUUCUGUAGUUCAGGAUCAACAAAGUAGGGAGCUUUCUCAACGCCAUGUUUCUAAACGUGCUAAGAUACUGAAAGUGAAGGAGGAAGAAAUAAAAUUGAAGCCUGUGAUUGCUUUCGAUUGUGCUGAAAUUAGAGAACGUGAUUGGUGCAAUGUGGUUACUUGCCAUAUGGAUACUGCCCAAGCAUAUGUGUGGAGACUUCAAAAUUUUGUUCUUGGUGAGCAUAUAUUGAAUCCGUGCCCUGAAAAUCCAACACCUGUAAAGGCUUGUGCAAUCAGUGCUUGUGGCAAUUUUGCCAUUUUAGGGACAGCAGGUGGUUGGAUUGAGAGGUUUAACCUUCAAUCUGGACUUCACAGGGGUGCUUACAUUGACAAGUCAGAAUCAAGAAGUUGUGCUCAUGAUGGUGAAGUCGUUGGCGUUGCUUGUGACUCAACAAACACACGCAUGAUAAGUGCAGGAUAUCAAGGAGAUAUAAAGGUUUGGGAUUUCAAAAAACUUGAGGUUAUAUCCAGAUUGGAGAUCGGUUGUUCUGUUAUUAAGAUUGUUUACCAUCGUUACAAUGGUCUCCUGGCUACAGUAGCAAAUGAUCUUACAAUCAGAUUGUUUGACGUCGUGGCUUGCCGACUUGUUCGUAAUUUUGGAGGUCACACAGACCGUAUAACAGACUUGUGUUUCAGUGAGGAUGGAAAGUGGCUUCUCUCAUCUAGUAUGGAUGGAAGUCUUAGAAUUUGGGAUGUGAUGUUAGCAAGACAGAUAGGUUUGAUAGAAGUCGAUGUGCCUAUCACAGCAUUAUCUCUGUCCCCAAACAUGGAUGUUUUAGCAACUACCCAUGUUGAUAAAAAUGGGGUAUACCUGUGGGUAAACCGGCAAAUGUAUUCUGGUACUUCAAAUGUUGAUUCGUAUGCAAGUGGAAAAGAGGUCGUGAGCGUCAAGUUGCCAUCUAUAUCUUCCACAGAACGUUCUCAAGUUGAGCAUUCUAAUGAACUGGAGAAUACCUCUCAACCUGAAGAUGUUCAGGGUUUCCCAGCACAAUAUAAGCAAAUACCUGAUUUAGUUACACUUUCAUUGCUGCCAAAGAGCCAGUGGCAAAGUUUGAUCAAUUUGGACAUAAUAAAGGUUCGCAAUAAACCAAUUGAGCCUCCAAAAAAACCUGAAAAGGCUCCAUUCUUCUUGCCUUCAGUUCCAUCCCUCUCUGGGGAAAUACUUUUUGAGCCUGGUAAGUUAUCAGAAAAGGAGGAUGGAACAGGUGGUGAAAAACCAAUGAGCAGGACAAGAUUAGAAGCGACACCGUCCCGUUUUCUGUAUCUUCUUCAAACCUCAAAAGAGACAGACAGUUAUGGAGCAUUCACUGAUUAUAUCAAAGGGUUAUCGCCAUCGGCCCUGGAUAUGGAACUUCGAAUGCUUCAGGUCAUUGAUGACGAUGAUCAGCAAGAAGCUGAGAAUAGACCUGAAUUUGUAUCAAUUGAACAGCUUCUGGAUUAUUUUAUUUAUGAGCUCUCCUGCAGAAAUAAUUUUGAGUUUAUUCAAGCUGUUAUCAGGCUAUUUUUGAAGAUACAUGGUGAGACAAUACGGAAACAGCCACACUUACAAGAAAAGGCAAGGAAGCUUCUAGAUGUUCAGCGCAUGGUAUGGGAGAGGGUAGAUAAAUUGUUCCAAAGUACAAGGUGUUGGGUUGCGUUUCUUAGCAAGACCCAAAUUUAGGUGUUGCGAGCCCUUGACUUGCGAAAUGUCAACCCUUUGUGAUAUAGCCUAGCAAAAGAUGAAAACAGAACCUUGAGAAAGAUUAAGUAUUUGUUCUUGACUCCAGUUCCUCAGAUUGAUGAUAGAGAAAUUAGAGCAGCAAGUUGGUGGAUGAGAUUUCCUAUUAUCAUUAAUUUUUGUGGGUGUUCAUAUCGAGAAUUUCAUGUAACAGGAUUAGAAUAAGUUUGUUAUACAAUCUUCAUACGAGGGCAAAUUUUGCAACAGGCAAAUUGCUAUAUACAUUUUUUAUUCAAUGAAAAUUUCCAGAUUUUGUGCUCA